AUGGCCGCCACCCCUCCCCUUCCUUUCUAUCGCCAACUCGUCGAAAACUACCAUAGUCACUACGAAUCACUGAUUCGGAAUGGCGAGGCGAAACCAGUGCUGUUAUGGCACUUGAUUGCCCUACUUCUGCUUCCAGUUCCAGCACUCCUGAUUCCGCGUCGCAAGGGUGGCCGCUAUGUCCGCCUACUUGUACUGGCUUGCGUUCUCGGCGCGGUGAUUCACUUCUUGCGCCACCGUCGGAUGCUGCUGGGAGGCUAUGGAUACAUGGGAGGUCUGCUACCAGCAUGGUGGUCCAUCUGGUGUGCAGUCUGGCUAGUCUACCGAGAUGCUGAGCACGAAUGUCGACGGAUUGUACGAACGACGCUUCCCGAGUCCCUAGCUUCGAAUGGACAGCCCGCCACUGAUGUCUACAGCAACAAGACUCUCGCGGAGCCGAAUACCGCUGAUUCCGCUCAAUCGCAUGUCGAAAAUCUUGCAUGGCAGUCGUAUCCGCAGUCUCUGUCCCAACGCCUGGAUUGGGUUUUCAGCUUGUUAUACGGCAUGCGCGGACCCGAGUGGAACUGGCGCAUCUCGUCUCUCGACCCAUUGCCCCCGUCAGUCCACGCCCAGUUGAAAGCCAAAGACCCGUCCUUCCGUGCUGUCGAGGCAGCGGCGGCGGCGGGGGAGAGCCGAGCAGACGCCGCGAUCAGGAGGCGCGUGCGCUCCGCGCUGGCGACCUGCUUGCGCUCGUAUCUCGUUCUGGACCUGAUCAAGCUGCUCAUGAUCCGCGACACGUACUUCAUGACCAGCGGGGACAUGGCGCUGGCCCCGCCGUACCCCUUCACAGGUCUAACCGCCGUGCCGGGCCUGGUCCGGUUCUACCGACUGGCCGUCACCGGCUUCGGGAUCCACGCGGCGCUGUCCUUCGUGACAUCCUUCAACCCGCUCAUCUUCGGCGGCCUGUCCAUCCUAUUCCCCAACGCCGCCCGCGGCCUGACUGCCGUGCCCCUUGACGCCGCCUGGCUCUACGCCGACACCUUCGGCCCCUUCCUUUCCUCCAUCCUGGACCACGGCCUGAUCGGCUGCUGGAGCAAAUGGUGGCACCAGCUCUUCCGCGUCGGCUUCACCUCCACAGGCCGCUGGCUGCAGUCGCUGCUCCCCGCACCCGUCGCCUCCCUCCCCGGCGUGCGCCAGCUUGUCUACACCUUCGUGGCCUUCGCGCUCAGCGGCCUGGUGCACUCGUGCGGCAGCUACGCGCAGAUCGAGCACACAACCCCCGCGCACGGCCCAAUGCGCUUCUUCCUCCUGCAGGCCGUCGGCUUCGUCGUGCAGGGCCUCGUCGCUAACCUCCUGGUCCCGCGAGGUGUGCGGCGCGCCGCGAACCUGGCCUUCGCGGUUGGCUGGCUGUAUCUGACGGCGCCGGCGAUCGUGGAUGAUUUCGCGAGGGGCGGGCUGUGGUUGACGGAGCCGUUGCCUGUGAGUCUGUUCAGGGGGCUCGGGAUCGGGGUCCACGAGGAGGAUCGCGGGUGGUGGUGUUGGGGUCUGCCUUGGUUUGCGUAUUGGGAUGAUGGGUCGUAUUGGGGGAGGGGGGUGCGCGUGGUUUAG